AUGUGCCAAGCAUGGGUUUCAUUACAGGCUAAUGAUGCUAUCGCUGAGGCUCUGGAGGCCGUUGUUGGCCGCUGCUUCGGGCCUGGCGGGGGGCAGGUGCUGUUCACCCGGGACAGCGGAGAGGUCCUAAUCACCCGGGACGGCUGGAAGAUCAUCUCCUCUCUCCACCUGGAUCACCCAGUGGCCAGGGUGCUGGUGGACUGUGUGUCAGCUCACUGGAAGGCCACCGGAGACGGAGCCAAGUCCUUCCUGCUGCUGCUGGCCGCGCUGCUUCGAGGGAUCCGAGCCAGCUGUCACCGUCGCUCGCCGGCAGCCGGAGGACGUCAGGGGCGUGUGGCGGCCAGGCGGGUGGCGGUUUCGCUGCUCUCCUUCCAGGCGCGGGUGUUGGACGGCAUGGUGGAGCGCUAUGUGGCUCCGCGCUCCGCCUCCCUGCUGCCCGGUGCUGACCCUGCCCUCGGCAGGCUCCGCCUACAGCUGCUGAUGGAGGCCUACUUCCAGGGGAAGGUGAGCAGCGCCCACUGCGGCCCGCUGAGCGAGUUGGCCUGCGAUUUCUACCGCCGCUGGCGCUGCGAGGGAGACCCGCCUGGCGUCACGGCUCUGGUCUCCGGCCACUUCCAGGAGCUGCACACGGCGGUGACAGGCCUCCCGCUGGGCCGCUCGCAGGUGCUGGAGGGCCUGGUGCUGCACCGAGACUUUGCCGCGCUCUGCCCCGCUGACGGCCCCCUCAGAGCGCUGGCGGUCAGCGAGCCCCUGCAACCCCCGCUGGCCUCCGCGGGCAUCGCCCUUACCCUCACCUCCGCCGCACAGAUCCAGGGCUGCCUGGGCUGGGUCGCCAGGCGGGUGGAGCAGGCGGUGUCGGUGCUGCGGCAGCUGAAGGUGAGGCUGCUGCUCUCCGCAGUGAAGCAGUCGGACUUGGUGCUGGACCACGCCCGGCGGGCGGGCGUGUCUGUGGUGGAGUGCAUCGCUGAGGAGGAGCUGUCUCUGUUCUGCCGUCUCACUGGAGUGCAGCCUGUCACGCUGUCUGGGGAUGGGAGCCAGAUUGGAGAACAGCACGUUGCCACGGUGAUGUUCUCCAGGCCCGUGGUGCUGGGCCCCAACAGGUACGCCCACCUGGGCUUGCAGGAGAGGCAGGGCUUCCUCCCUCACUGCCUGGUGCUGUGCGGACCGGUACCCGGCCUGACGGAUCAGUGCAUCUCUGUGUUUCGCGAUGCCACCAGAAUGCUGCAACGGGUUUACGAGCCCGUCCAAUGGCACCCCCAGCAGGGUGGAGAGGAAGCCAAUGGGAAUGAAGCUGACUGCACGGUUAAAAGAACCAACUUUCACAAUGAGGUUGGGUUAGGCAGUAACAGGGGAAAUGUCAACUUUGAGACUCAAGGAACAGCAGCUGGGGACCCGCAGGUAGUCAUAGAGGGGACAGAUAAGUGUCAGGUGUCACUGUUUGCAGGUGAAAGCCAACAUUGUUUUAAUGUGGAAAUUAACAAAGCUGAAACCUCUGCACAAAAUGGCCAAGCGCCAGGACCACAGCCGUCUAGCAGUGUAGGCAAUGAUUUCAGGACAGGAGGAGGGUGCCUGGCUGUUUUUAGAGUACCAGGAAACAAGGAUAUUGAACGUGGUUAUGGGAUGGCAGUCCAUGGGACUACACUGGGGGGUCUUGCCAGUGAGGAAACCUCAGUCUCAUGCACUCUAAUAGAGCCGGGCAGCGUGUUGCCAGUAGGGGGAGCUUUUGAGUUUCUGCUCCACCACUACCUCCUACAGCACGCCUCCCAGAGCCCUUGCCCUGACACACAGGAGGUCUGCAGACUGGUCGCCGAGGCCCUACUGAGCGUGCCCAGACGGCUCUACUCACGCAGGCGAUUCCUGGAGGCCCACUCCCGCUUUCUGAGCAGUAUUCGGACCGGCCCACAGGGUCCGAUUGAGCCAAUGAGCUGGAGAGCUGAGGGGCUAGAAUCACUGGCCUGUAAGCACCAGCUGCUGGUGUCUGUUCUGCAGUGUUUGAGAAGCCUGCUGUCUGUGGACCUGAUCCUCCACACGUCCACACUCAUGCUGAGAGACCGAGGUGCGCGGCGAUUGAACCCAGCGGGAGCCCUGGUGUGGCUGGGCUGGAUUGGCUGCAGCGCUCCAUAA